CCUCGCUCUGCGUUGCCCACAGGAGCUGCUGCCCACCUGCGUGGGUGCCGCGCCCUCAGCCCCGUGAGGUGGUGUCCGUGAUGUCACAGUGGUGUCAGGGAGUGGCCAUUGUGACACGCGGGGCCGGGAGCAGAGCAAAGGCUGCGGGGCUGGGGCCGUGCUCAGUGCGGCCUGGUGAGGCGUGGAGAGAGCAGCGACUCUCUUGUUUCUCGCCGUUGAUGCCGACCAUGUCGAAAGGGAAGGAGGAGGCCCCCAACUCUGGGGAGCCAGUGUGCAUGCUGUGCCACCGGGCACAGGUCAACCCGGACAUCUGCGGGCAGACAUUUGCCUGUGGUGGGCUCUGUGCCCACCAGUUCUGCUUGUUCUUUGCCAAUGGCCUUUUGGAAUGGAGAAGCCCAGUGGGGGAAAUUUUUGGCUUCUCCAUUGAUGCCAUCCAGCGCACAAUCCAGCUGGCAGACCAGAAGCACUGCUUUGUCUGUGGCGGGAGGGGAGCUUCCAUCAGCUGCGCGGAGACCGGCUGUGAGCGCAGCUUCCACCUGCCCUGCGCCGAGGACGGGGAAUGUGUCACCCAAUACUUUGGGCAGCACAGGUCCUUCUGCUGGGAGCAUCGCCCUCGGCAGGCAGCGGAGGCAGCUCCAAUGCAGAACACCAUCUGCGUCAUCUGCCUGGAGCCUGUGGGGGACAGCACGUCCUACCACACCGUGGUGUGCCCGGUGUGCAAACAGGCCUGGUUCCACCGGGGCUGCAUCAGGAAACAUGCCCUGCACGCUGCCACCACACGCUUCUUCUGCCCUGUCUGCGGGGAAAAAGCGAUAUUCCGAUCCCAAAUGAGCACACUGGGGAUCCAAAUUCCAGUCAGACGACUAUCUUGGUGGGACGACGCAGCAUACCAGCCGCUGCAAGAAAGGCACAGGCGCUGUGAUGCCAGCAUGUGCAUUUACCUGGGAGGCAGGGAGAGGGCACAGGAAGAGGGGCCCUGGCAGCUGCUCCUCUGCAGCUCCUGUGCCACAAAAGGCACACACCGGUGCUGCUCCUUCUGGGCCAUGGGCAGAAACACCUGGGAAUGCGACACCUGUGCUGGUGCAGGCACCGCAUCCCAAGCCAACUCUGACCUUGCCAGCCCGAGCACUUCCGGCCAGAUGGUACUGGGGCCAGCCGACAGCUUUUCGCAACCUGAAAACAUCAGUUCUGGCUCCAACAGGCAGGCAGCAACAGGCCCAUCCUGCAGCUCCCAGCUGCCUGAGCUUAGUGUCCAGCCCAGAGCGCAUGCAGCACAGCAGAGGACAACCCGCCCAAUUUCAUCUGAGGAGCAGGACACCUCUCAGCAGCGCCGAGGACGUGGUGGGAGGAGACGGGCACCAGCUGCAGGCGCUGAGACCUCCUCCCAGAGCCCCACCAGACGGGGGACCGCACGGUCCUCCAGAAGCUCCCCGGCAGCUGCACCCAGAAAGCGUGCCAGGCAGCAGGGGACUGGCCACACAAGAAGCCGCUCCCCACUGCAAGGUCGGGGCUCAGGCUCCCAUAGUCGGCCCCGAAGACGUUAUGGUGGGAGCCAUAUGAAAGUCCGAGGUGCUCAGAGCAGCACCCGCGCCUCAGCCACACCAGCAUCACCAAGGUCCUCGAGGCCUUCCUUGCUGCCUGCACACAGGAGACAAUCCAGGCAGCGAGGGCGGGCCCGCACUCGAAGUCGAUCCCCAGUGGGGGGUCGUGCUUCAGCUUCCCGCAGCCGGCCCCGAGGAGGCCGUGGCAGCCGGUCCAGGCAGCGGGGAGCAGCCCGGGCACGAAGCCACUCCCGAGUCCAGCAACAGAGAAGACGUCCCCACAGCAAGGCCCCAAGACGGCGCUGAAGCAGCGAUGUCUUAUCCCCACGUGGCAGUUGUGGUUCUAAGUGGCAAAGAAAAUAAACCAUGAAGACAGUCCACGCAUGUUAACUUCAUUCUUUGGUGGACCAGCUCGGGCAUAAAGCCACUCCCCGAUCCAGCAUCAGAGAAGAUGUCCCCACAGCCGUGUCCCAUCCCUACCUGACGGUUGUGCAUUCA